AUGACAAGUAUACAAGAGGCGGAGCAGAUCGUGCGACGCCUGACUAGGAAGUAUGGGUUUCUCAACGAAGAAAUGAUGGACGAUAUCGAACAAUUCAAUGCCGCAUAUCGUCGGGAGAUUGACGAGAAUUGGCUGGCGAUGGAAAGUGCGGUAUCCCACUCUGUCAAGAUAUUGGCAAAGCAAAUCUACGGCAGCGGUGCUCGGUUUGUCUUUGAACUUCUCCAGAAUGCGGAGGACAACAUGUUCAACAAGGCCCGCGCAUCAAACGCACUACCUUUCAUCUCUUUCAAGAUAUAUCUAGACAAGAUCGUUGUCGAAUGCAAUGAAGAUGGCUUUACUGAGCCGGAUUUAGACGCUAUUUGCGCUGUUGGGAAAAGUACCAAGUCAGCUUCCCACGGAUAUAUCGGGGCCAAAGGUAUUGGCUUCAAAUCCGUCUUCAUCGCCGCGUCUAGGGUUCAUAUCCAAUCUGGUAAUUUCUCGUUCGAGUUCCGACACAACAAGACAGACCCAGGUAUAGGCAUGGUCAGACCUAUCUGGGUAAAAGCAACUGAGACCAUCCCUAGCCCAAUGACCCGCAUGACGCUGUACAUCCACGAUCAAGGAGACCCGGAUGAGAUUCGACAUCUGAAGAGAAUCAUCUCCAUGCAAUUCGAUGACCUGCAGGAAACUUGCUUGCUCUUCCUACACAAACUUGGACAGAUUGACCUGGAGUUCUAUGACGACAAUGGCGAACUUGAACGAUCGAGAUGCUUCCGCAAGUAUGAUAUUGACAAGUAUCGCGUGUCUCUAGAAACUAUCUCUGAUUCUCAUGGAGAUCAGACUACCCGAAAUCAAAUCUAUCACAUCACAAGACAAACAGCGACCAACUUGGCCCCAAGCGACAAUCGUGAACUUUCGAAUACCGACGAAGGCAAGAGAGCCGAAGUCGUCUUGGCUUUCCCGAUCACCGAAGAUUCUGAGCCACUUAUUACCCAGAGAAAUCAAGACCUCUUCGCAUUUUUACCUCUCAGAAGGUCCGAGUACAAGUUUUUGAUUCACUCCGAUUUUGAUACGAACGCGAAUCGGCAGGAUGUUAUCACGACAUCGCGAAGGAAUCUCGACCUUCGUGAUUGGAUUGCAACCGCGUUCUAUCAAGCGGUUCUGCAGUUCUGCGAACAUCCUCAACUCUGCUAUACCUGGCCGAUGUUCCUCCGAUGUCCCAACACCAGUAACGAUGCGUUCUGGUCUGGCCUAGAUCACGACAUACAAGACUUAGUGAAGAACAGGCCUGUUCUAAGAUCACGUACCCGAAUGGAUUUACGCCUCAUUAAAGACAUUGUCAUCCUCACUGGGGAUGCAAAGGAUGUAGAAGGGCUUCCGUUAUUCGACGACCCAGUUAGAGAUCUAUUCCUAUCGCCCAGCUAUUCCAGCAAUGUAGUAGAUAUUCUGAAAGGCUACGGCCUCGAGCGACUGUCCCUUCUAACAGUGCUCGAUUUGCUGGAAGCCGAUAUCCAAGGCCCUAACUCCAGGUUCCAUGGAGUAGACGCGUCUGAUGAAUGGCAUUCAGCUGUGGCAUGUCUUCUUUCUGACGCGCUCGAGGGCACUUUUUCUGGACCAAGAAGGCUAAAGUCUCUGCCCUUGCUGCCUCUAAGAUCUGGGACAUGGACAUCGGCGACAUCUGGAAUAGUAUAUUUCCCAACGAUGGAGAGUAUUAGCAUUCCUAAGUCCUUGGACCUGAAUGUUCUUGACCUUGAUGCAUGCAAGAGCGCAGAUAGAAAAUCUUUUUUUGAAAAGCUGGGAGUCCGCCAGGCUACCGCUGAUGAAGUGAGAGCAUCGAUCUUCAGAUCCUACAAAUGGAAGUCGUUGUAUUUCGUCACCAUGAACGCAUAUUUGACCUUCCUCUAUCUGACACACCAGACUGGAAAGCAUGUGCAGGAAGACUACGCGAAAGUACAGGUUUCCACCAGUACUAAGGAACGAAAGACUCCGCAUGAUACCGAUGUAUAUCUUCCAGGGACUCAUGACUCGUACAGUCCUAAACGCCUUUUGGCUGCCACAGGUGCUUCACCAGGUUUGUAUGUGGAUUUCCUGCGCUCUGGUUAUGUGAAAAGCCCUCCAGACAGACCAAACAUCUUACACCCAAGCUGGGAGGAGUGGCUCUGUACUUUCAUUGGGAUACGUGAGCGGCUGAGGAUUGUCUCACGAGAUGGACGCAAUUUAUCAGACGCGUUUCUUUACAUCCAUGAGCACCGCCCGGAGAAGUUCUUGGGCUUAUUUGAGCAUCUCUGGCUAUAUGAGAAAUCAAGCCUGAUGCGAAAUCAAACUCUUCGAUCAAAGAUUGAGGAUCUAGCUGCCCAGAGCCUCUGCGGAGUGGAUUUUUCACUCAAACUCAAGGAAACAUGGCUUCCCACCAAAGCGUUAAGAGAACUAGUCGACCGCUACAUGGAUCAUCGUGAACAUUUUCCCUUUCUCGAUCUCGACAAAUCAGGUACGACCGAACUCGGCACACAAUGGAAUUUUCUGAGCGACUAUUUCUCAGUCCGCAAAGAUGACACUGUGGAUUUUCUAUUGGAAAUCCUUCGAUGCAUUGAGCGAUCAUGCUCGGACUCCCCUACCGAUAGUCAAAUACAGAAGGUGUUUGACUUGUAUGUGGCCAUCUAUGCCAAACUUGCGGUGACCAGCAUUGGGUCAGACGCAAGACGCAAGAUUACUGAUUUCUUUGAAGAUGGCGGCAUCGUUGUCCCUUACGAGAGAGACCCUACGUGGGCGAUGUCCUCGGCAUGUUUAUGGGUUGCACCACCAGAUAUGAUCGCGUCCUACUCUCUGAGGGACCUUUACGUAGAGAGAGUGAAUGCCGGGAGUUUCAGGAACAUCGAAAAUCUGUUCAAAGAAACACUGCAGAUUCGGGAUGCGUCGUUGAAUGACCUGGUAGCUGAGCUGAUGACAAUAGAGGAACACGAUUGUGAGGAAAUAUCUCGCUUACAGGCAAUCUACGAUUACUUACAUCAGGCAAACAUACCCUUGCCGGAUUUGAAAGCUGCAUUUGAGGCAUCUCCCCUCAUAUAUUGUGAAACGCGACAUGGUGAGUCAGGUUGGUACAAAACCUCUGACUGCUUGUGGUCUAGUGAAACAACAAUCCGUGGGAAAGCCAUCUUGGAUGAAUGCUGGGAAGCUUAUGAGAGCUUUUUUGUUGGCAAACUAGGUGUGAAGCUUCUCAAUCUACAGAUGGUCUACGAUGAACUGCGGCAAUCAUCCGGGAACAAUAUAGAAGAGACCAAAGUGGCUAUUUUGUCGCUCAACGGUCUCCUACAAACAGAAACGACACGCUUGGAUCCGGAGCCAAUUCGACAAGCCAAAGUCUUUCCGGUGAGGUACCCAACCGGCACUGUCGUUCUGAGCUCUGUGAGCGUGGACUUUGCCAUUGGGGAUCGAGAAAAGUUGAAUACGAUGUUUCGUGACAAGAUUACUCUCUUGGACUUUGACAUGGAAGAAAUUCGUCGCCUUAGACCGUUGAUCGAAUGGCUGAAACUCCAAGAUCGAUACUUGUCAAACUCUGUCGAAGAGGAUAGUUUCAUCGUCGGCGAUUUAAAGAAUCCAAUCUCAACACCGAAUCGCGACCUCAAGCGCAAAGCUUAUCAUAUUACUCGUGUCGCGGCUACCUUCAAUAGCCCUCGAUUCGAGGACGACCCGAUUGGUCUAUAUGAGCAGCUUCGCACAAUGAAAGUUGUCGAGGUUGACAGAAUAUCAUCUGUGUUGAAGAUCUUCCAAAACAAACAGCCAUUCGAGGUUCAUGUAGCAACCGCCAACGAGCAUAUCGAUGAUUCGACGGGGGGGCUCACGAUUUAUGUCCCGAAAGAUCGUAGAGCGCAAGAGCUCUGUUUCGGUUCAGUCCUUCCUAGGAAACUCGGUGCAUGGCUGAUGCGACGAUCAAAGAGCCUCAUCGAUGGACCAAUCGAAACGGAAGCAGUCAACGCCUUGACUGCAAUCUUUGCAACCGAGAGAUUCGUCCUUGAUGAUGUCCUCGACGACCAGGGGAUCUUACAAGUAUCAUUCGAAGAUGAGGAUGGGGAAAGUUGCAGUAGCGAGACAGAAGAGCAUCAAGAAGAAGAAGACCAAGAGGAGGAAAGCCAACAGCAGGGAUCAUCCGACAGUGAACUUGAGACUGACGAUACCCUCUCGGAACAACUAACACCCAGUCAUUCCUCGACAAAUGCUGGUACGUUAGCAGAUGCUGAAUUGUCUGAAACUAUGCGAGGCGAAGGCCUCCAUGAAACAUUAGCCGAAGUGAUCUCCCGACACAGUCAGAUGUCAUCUCAGCCUCUAUCAGGAAGGGUGCAUCACUCCCCUCAAGCAGCUGUGUCUCCGAGCUCAUCACAAUCAUUACACCACCCAAGCGACCAAACGCGUCCAAACUUACCGCCAGCCAUGACCCCAUUGUCUGGGCAACACUAUUCUGAAGACGCUAGAUAUCGCGUAAUCUUGGAUAGAGUUAUCGAAAAAGCUCAGAGUGCGGUAUUACCAUCGAGAGGGUCAUUUGACAUGAGGGAUUUGCGGAAUGCCCUACCCGAUGACGAUACAAAUGCAUAUGAGAGUUUCGACGGUCUGGACCUCGUGAGUCGGUUCCGUUCAACUAGCCAGUUGGAACGUGACAAGAAGGUUGGGGCUGCAGGCGAGUUAUAUGUAUUCGAGCUUCUAUCAUGUCUCAACAUGCCAAACUGGGACCGCACGAAUUGGCAAAGCACGAUCAGAUCUUAUGUGACCAUCCACCCUGACUACAGAGAUCUACAGGCCUGGAGAGGACACGAAACUGCGGACCUGGUCUACUCCGAUGAUGAAGGGCACUUGACAAAUACGCUCGUCGGUUGUGGCUAUCUUGACCACGAUGAGUGGCAUGGAGAGCAACCUAAAUAUUACAUCGAAGUCAAGACUACGACUGGGCCAUGUAGCACCGCAUUCUAUAUGAGUGGCAAGCAGUACAAGCUUAUGCAACGGGUUCAUCAGAGCGAUGACCAUUCUGAGAUCUAUAUGGUCUUCCGUGUAUUCUGGCUCGAUAGUGACGAUAUCUCCCUUUGCCUUUACAUUGAUCCAGAGCAACUGAGGCAAGAUGAGAGUCUCCUUUUCAAGGGACAAGCGUGGGCUGUUACCCCAGGACCCAGCAUGGGUUAG